AUGCGCUCAAACAACAAGGACCGCCCGCCAACAAAGCAGACCGAGUGCCUUGUUAAAGACCUGCUUCCCACGUGGUUUGUGAUCGAGUUUGGAAGCUUGCGCCCUAGAGGCUACAACAAGGCAUUCUAUUCAUGGAACGACGGGGUCCGUGCAAACUUACAGAAAGCGAAACUCUUGGACUCGCCAGCAUGCCAUUUUCAUUCAGGCUAUGCCACGGACUUGUUGCUCGCACCCAGACCGCUUAUCAAGAAGACACCCAAAAUCGCCAAUGAGAUGAUUGGAGCAGGAUGGCUGCCCAUAGAGAUGAAAGCAGCCACUUUGUUCAUGAACGAUGACAACCUUCAGCAUUCCUACGGCGUACACUUGGGAGGAGGAGGUUACAUGUCGAUAGUGUCGGCCUCCAAAUGGAUGUUGGUAUCCUUCUACAUGGAGAGUCGUGGUUGGGUGAAACAUGUGACGACUCCCACGAUGCACCUGAAAGCAUUUUUCAUCAAGUUCAGUCCAGCAGUGCGUAUCGCAAGUGAGUUUGCGCAUAAGUAUCACGGCAUAUGCCUGGAUACUUGGGCCGAGACUCGUAUGACGAUCAAGAACUUCUUCUCCUCGAUCAACCUGUGGAGCAUAAACAGAAUGGCAGAGAAGAGUGAGUUGGAGAAGAAGGUCAAGCAGACGAGUGACAAUGACCCAAUCGAGGAUUUCGACGAUGCCAAGAUCCAGCAUUUGGAACCGGAGCUCAGCAUGGCAGCAUCGGUGAUUGAAGUUCUCAGUGCGAAGAAUGAGAAACUUCGCGAGCAUGUUAAGAAUGUCGCAGGCAUUCGUUGUGAGAAUUGCAACGAGAAGAUACCGAUUGUGCUUGCAAUGACAUCAUGA